AUGAUCAGUGGUCUAGAAAUUAGAGUAAAAGAUGAGGAUGUGGCUGGUGAUGUCAGCUUUCUUGUGCAGAGUGUUACCAGCCUCAUCAGAGAUAGAGACAAUAGCUUCUUUUUGGAAGAAAUCUAUGGCUUGAGGAAGGCUACUGGGAACUGUGAAGUAUCUUUGAAGCAGAGUCUAGAAGGUGGGAUGAAUGCACCAUAUGGGUUCAAGUUUAAAGGGCUUGUCAGAUUAGAAAGCCCUUCUGUUGGAGAGGGAGAAGGAGAGGAGAAGGGGGCAGUGGUCAGACUUAGUUCUAGAACUUCAAGCAUUGAUGGUUCUCCCAAGCCUUGGCUUCCUAUAUCUAGAGCUAGGGGGGUUCUAUGGGACGAAGUUCAAGGUUUGGUUGCUGGGGAAAGAGUUAUCGUUCUCUCGUGCAAGAUGAGCUUUGCCCAAAAUAUUGAAGCUCUGUUCAGAGGCUAUGCCGUUCCAUCUAUUGUUUUUCCUUUUGGGGAAGGUGACUAUCUGCCAGUCAUCCGUAGGCGCCUGUGGAGAUUGCUGGGAAUUGGAGUUUCCGAUGAGGUGGUUACUGGGGGUGGAGUAAUUGCAUUUCUGUGCAAUAUGACCAAUUCUCCUGUAACUAGUACACAAGAUGCAUUCUCCAUCAGGACCCCUUCGAAUGAUUGUUGCCUCAAACUGGUAAGAGGGUUUGAGUCCUCGUCCAUCAAAGUGGUGUUGUAUGGUGGUUUCGGUGGUUCUGGUGGAAUCAGGGGAGGCACCGUUGUGUUUGGUGCUGGGAGCAUUUUUGAACAUAAGGAAGUUAUGGACAUUCUACGGAAACAGUCAGACUGUGCCGUUUCGAUGGUAGAAUCCGACGUGCCAUCGGCAAAACUCCAUCUAUAUAAAGAGAACUCCUUAGGGACCAUAAUACAAACCAAAGCAUAUAUCUUCUUGACCCAAAGAAGAAAAAAAAAUAGCACUAAGGCUGUACUUAGUUCUACAAAUAGCACUAAGGCUGUACUUAGUUCUAAAAAAAAAUCCCCUGAUGUUAAAAUAGUGGUUAAUGUUCAAAAAAAUGUUGGAGGAACUAAUUUAGGUUUAUCAAGACGACUUGAUGAUUUGUUUGGUAAAUCACUCCUAUUGUGGAUUGUUGCUGCUGAGCUUGAUCCCAAGACAGGAACUGAGAAGCCAAGCAUUAGGACUUUUGCAAAACGUGGACGAGAUGUGGAUGGUGACACACAUUAUGAGGCCAAUUUUGUAAUUCCUGAAGACUUUGGGGGGGUUGGUGCAGUUUCAGUAGAAAAUGAGCACCAAAAGGAAAUAUAUGUGAAGAAUAUAGUAAUCGAUGGAUUCCCCUAUGGUAAAGUUAAUAUUACUUGCAACUCUUGGGUCCAUACAAAAUUUGAUAAUCCUGAAAAAAGGAUUUUCUUCACUAAUAAGUCAUAUAUACCAUCUCAAACUCCAAGUGGACUAAAGAGGUUAAGGGAGAAAGAACUUGUGACAGUGAGAGGUGAUGGAUUUGGAGAAAGAAUAAAAUUUGAGAGGAUUUAUGACUAUGAUGUUUAUAACGAUAUUGGUGAUCCUGAUGGAAAUGGUGAUGGUAAAAGACCAGUACUUGGUGGAAAAGAAUUACCUUAUCCUAGAAGGUGCAGAACUGGUAGACCAAGAAGCAAAAAAGGAUCACAAAGCGUACAAGGAAAUAUAAGUCAUUGUGAUCCAUUAUCAGAAUCAAGGAGUAACUCUGUGUACGUACCAAGAGAUGAAACAUUUUCAGAAGAGAAGAGCUUAACAUUCUCCAGCAACGCCGUUUACUCAGUCCUACAGGCUGUUGUUCCUGUGUUGGAGUUGGUCGACCGCAACCACGAGUAUCUACAUUUUCCAUCCACUGGCUCACAGUUCAACGUCAACGUCGAUAUUCCUAGACUUGGCAAUAAAAAAAAUGGCAAGUUUAAUUUCAUACCAACGCUCAUUAAGGCUAUGUCUGACAUUCAAAAGGAUGUCAUGCUCCCUGAAACUCCUCAAUUGCUUCAAAGGGACAAGUUUUCUUGGUUUAGAGAUGUGGAAUUUGCUCGUCAAACCUUAGCUAGUUUCAACCCAUAUAGUAUACGAUUGGUCAAGGAAUGGCCCCUAAAGAGCAAGCUAAACCCUGAAGUGUAUGGAUCUCCUGAAUCAGCAAUCACAAAAGAGCUAAUUGAACAUGAAAUUGGAGGAUUUAUGACUAUUGAAGAGGCAGUUGAACAAAAGAAGUUGUUCAUCCUAGAUUAUCAUGAUUUGUUAUUGCCAUAUGUGAACAAAGUGAAUGAACUUAAAGGAACAGUACUUUAUGGAUCAAGAACUUUGUUCUUCUUGACACCUGAUGGCACAUUGAGACCAUUGGCGAUUGAGCUAACUAGGCCACCAGUAGAUGACAAGCCUCAAUGGAAGCAAGUUUAUGUCCCAAAUACUUGGAAUGCCACUGGUGCCUGGCUAUGGAAAUUGGCUAAAGCUCAUGUUCUUGUUCAUGACUCUGGCUAUCACCAACUAGUUAGUCAUUGGCUAAGAACUCAUUGUUCUGGCCACCAUGCAGCUGUUAACUUUGGCCAAUACAGCUAUGCAGGCAACUUUCCAAAUAGGCCAACAAUUGCAAGGGCAAAAAUGCCAACUGAGGAUCCAACAGAUGAAGAAUGGGAGAGUUUCUUGCAAAACCCUGAGGAAGCACUAUUAAAAUGCUUACCUUCACAAAUUCAAGAUACCAAAGUAAUAGCAAUUAUGGAUGUUUUAUCCAACCAUUCUCCAGAUGAAGAAUAUAUUGGUGAAAAAAUUGAACCUUCCUGGGCUGAGGACCCCGUAACUAAAGCGGCAUUCGAGGUAUUUUCGGGGAAAUUGCAGGAACUUGAAGGAGUUAUUGAUGCUAGAAACGCUGAUAGUAAGUUGAUGAAUAGAAAUGGAGCUGGUAUUGUGCCUUACGAAUUAUUUAAACCAUUUUCUGGACCUGGUGUUACUGGAAAAGGUGUACCUUAUAGUAUUUCUAUUUGAUUUUUGGAGUAGUGUAUCUUCCUAUGUAUCACAAUGCACUAUGUGUCUAAACCUUGACCCAUAUUAUUUAAUGAAUAAAUUCAAUGUUUA